AUGCAGCCUCCCGGUAAUGAGGCAGUCGGAGAGAUUACAGAGACGGUAGAGCCUUCUAUCGGGUCCGAGACGUCAGAGCCAAACCGACAGAAGCAUGGUGAUGACAACGGCCAGGAUGGGAAGACGCCUGCGAAGGUGGUGACCAAGGAGAGGGAGGCUGGUUGGGGAGAUUACUUCAGAUGUUUUACGUAUGCGAGAAAAUGGGACUUCUUGCUGAUGGCAGCCGCUGCGUUGGCGUCAAUGGGCGCGGGUGUUACCACGCCUCUGAUGAACGUCGUGUUUGGGAGACUCGUGGGAGGCAUCGCGAGUUUUGGCGGCGGAGGUUCCAGUCAGAAAUCACUCGAUGAUAGUAUCAACAGACAGUGUCUCUAUAUCUUUAUCCUCUUCCUCGCCAGAUUCUCCCUCAACUACCUCUCCAAGUUCUCUCUCCGCCUGAUCGGCAUCCGCAUCUCCGCCGCCAUCCGCAUGCACUACCUCUCGUCGCUCCUCGCGCAGACGGUACACGUCCUGGACACGAUGCCGCCGGGCGCCGCAGCCGGAACCAUCACGUCCACAGCCAACACGCUCCAGAUCGGCAUCUCGGAGAAGCUAGGCACGGCCAUCGAGUUCACGGCCUCCAUCAUCGCAGCCAUCGUGAUCGCCUUUGUCUACUCGUGGCGCGUCUGCCUCGUCACCAUGAGCUGCAUCCUCUUCAUCAGCCUCGCCGUGUCCGGGGCCCUGCCCUUUGUCAUCCGCCGCACCGAGCGCCACACCAAGGCCGAGACCAAGGCCGGCGCCGUGGCUACCGAGGCCUUUUCGGCGGUGCGCAUGAUCUAUGCCUGCGGUGCGCAGAAGCGCAUGCAAGACCGCUACGCGCGGUUUGUGAUCGAGGCGAAACAGCACGGCAUGUCCCUCUCGCCCAUCAUCGCUGUGCAGUUUGGCUGCAUCUUCCUGGGCCUGUGGAGCGCUUUUGCCCUGGCCUUUUGGUACGGCACGCGUGCCUAUGCAGAGGGCUAUCUGGGCGGCGGCAUCGGCACCAUCGUCGUGGUGCUCAACAAUAUACUACUCAUGGCCAUCUCGCUCGAGCGCAUCUCUGCGCCUCUUGUCGCCGCCAGCAAGGCAACCGUUGCUGCCGCCACCUUCUUUGCCGUGAUUGACGCGCCGCGGCCCGACAGUGGGCGGCUGAAAGACCCCGAUGUCACCGCAGACGGCGAUAUCCUUCUCUCUGGGGUGACCUUUGCGUACCCUGGACGGCCGCACACCAAGGUCCUCGACGGGCUGGAUCUGAAGAUUGGUGCGUCCAAGGUGACGGCCCUGGUGGGCGCUUCCGGCAGCGGCAAAUCUACCAUUGUCGGGCUGGUUGAGAAGUGGUACUCGCUGCACGACCAGGUUGUGAUCGAGAAGGCUAUUGCAAAGGAAGAUAAGAAGAAGAGAGAGGCCAAGGAGAAGAAGAAGAAGGCAGCCAGGGAAGAUGGAGAGGAAGGGCUGCAGGAAGAGAAGAAGAAAUCCUUCUGGGCCAGGCUGAUGACGCCCAGCAAGGCAGCACCUGCAACUGAUGACGAGGAUGAAGAGGAUAAUGAGGAAGAGGAGAGGAAAAGGGAAGAAAAUGCAGGCCCACCUGUGCAGCUCAGUGGAAAGAUCACCACGUCGGGCCACAGCCUGGACGAGAUCGACACCAAGUUCUGGCGUACGCAAAUCGGCCUCGUGCAGCAAGAACCUUUUCUCUUCAACGACAGCAUCUAUGCCAAUGUCUGCCAUGGUCUGGUCGGUACGCAGUGGGAACACGAGCCGCUCGAGGUUAAGCAGAAACUCGCAGAGGAGGCGUGCAAGGAGGCGUUUGCUGAUGAAUUCAUCGACAAGCUGCCCGAGGGUUAUAAUACCGUUGUGGGCGACGCAGGCUUGAAACUUUCUGGUGGGCAGAGGCAACGUCUCGCCAUUGCAAGGAGUAUCGUCAAGAAGCCAAAGAUCCUCAUCCUGGACGAAGCCACAUCUGCCAUUGACGUGCGCAGCGAAAAGAUCAUCCAGGCGGCCCUGGACCGAGUCUCCAGGGGCAGGACAACCAUCAUGAUCGCCCAUAGACUUUCCACGAUUGCCAAGGCUGAUAACAUCGCGGUCCUCUCUAAGGGAAAACUGAUGGAACAGGGAACGCACGAGGAGCUGCUCAGAAAUGAAGAUGGGGUCUACUCUGGCCUUGUUCGGGCCCAGCGACUUACACUGGGCGAAGAAGACACGGAAGGACCACAUGGAAAGAAGACAGAACAUAACGAAGAAGAGGAGGAGAAGGAGGAAGAACAAGUCAUUGUACAACCAGUCAUGAGUCGACACAAGUCCGCUGCCCUCUCCAUCGAGGCCACUCUCGACCAGACAGCUGUCGAAUCCUCCUGGAAAGAAAGAGGCCUCAUGGGCAGCUUUGGUCGGCUCCUCUGGGAACAAAAGACCAGAAUCCCCAACUACACCAUCAUCUUCUUUUCUUCGGCCGUCAUCGGCGCCUGUAUGCCCAUGCAGGCGUACCUCUUCGCGCAGGUCGUUAACGUCUUCACCAUUCCCCUCGACGGCUCCGGCUUGUUCCUCCAGCGCGCCUCGUUCUGGUCCCUCAUGUGGUUCGUGCUCGCCCUCUGCAACAGCUUCUCCUAUUCCAUCAUGGCCUACGUCGCCACCAGCCUCCAGUUUUUCAUCUCCGCCACCUAUAGGCAGCAAUACUUCAACGCCCUGGUACGGCAGCCCAUCCGCUUCUUCGACGCAGAGGCGAACAGCGUGGGCUCCCUGACGGCGCGCGUGCAGAGCGAUCCAAAGCAGCUCGAGGAGCUCCUGGGCAUCAACAUGGGCAUGGUGCUCGCCUCGAUGCUGCAGAUGACGGGCGCGCUGGCGAUUGCCUUUGCCUACAACUGGAAGCUGGCCAUCGUCGCCAUCUGCGUCACCCUGCCCAUCGGCCUCGUCUGUGCCUGGUACCGCUUCCGCUACGAGCUCGCCUUCGAGAAGCUGUCGGCCACCGUGUUUGCCGAGUCCAGCAAGUGGGCGGCCGAGGCUAUCGGGGCGUUCCGCUGCGUGUCGUCUCUGACCCUUGAGGACGAGAUCAACAGGCGGUACCAGGAACUCCUCCGCCAGCACGUUGUCGCCGCCUACCGCAAGGCACGCUGGUCGACUGUCAUCUUUGCCCUAUCGGACUCGCUCACCCUGGCCUGCAGCGCGCUGAUCUUUUGGUAUGGCGGGCAUCUGCUCGCCAGAGGGCAGAUCGGCGUGCUCAGCUUCUUUGUGUGCUAUAUGGCUGCCAUCCAGGGCGGUGAGGCUGCGGGUAUGGGCUUCUCGUUUGGCCCGAAUGCUGCGCAGGCCACAGCAGCGGCGAAUAGGAUCUUGAGUAUUCGCGAGAAGAAAGAGAACACAACAGCUGGUGAGGAAGGGAUGAUUCCAGAUACGGAAAAUGGUGUGCGCAUCGAGUUGAGGGACGUCAGCUUCAAGUACCCCACCCGCGACGGCUUCAUCUUCAAACACCUCAACAUCACGGCCGAAAAGGGCCAGUUCAUUGCCCUCGUCGGCGCCAGCGGUGUCGGCAAAUCAAGCAUCGUCAGCCUCCUGGAGCGCUUCUACGACGUCCAGUCCGGACGUAUCCUCUGCAACGGCCAAGACAUCAAGGACGUCGACGUCUAUGAGUACCGCAAGCUCCUCUCCCUCGUGGCCCAGGAGCCCACCCUCUUCCAGGGCACCAUCAAGGAGAACAUCCUCCUCGGCGUCGACUCCACCUCCUCCUCCCCCGUCACCGACGCCCAGCUCCACCAGGCCUGCCGCGACGCCGCUAUCCACGACUUCAUCGUCUCCCUCCCCGAAGGCUACAACACCAACGUCGGGUCCCGCGGCGUGGCCCUGUCCGGCGGACAGAAGCAGCGCAUCGCCAUCGCCCGCGCCAUCAUCCGCGACCCGCGCGUCCUGCUCCUGGAUGAGGCCACCUCCUCGCUCGACUCGGAGAGCGAGAAGCAGAUCUCGGCUGCCUUGCGCAAGGUUGCAAAAGGCCGCACCACCGUUGCUGUCGCUCAUCGCCUCUCUACCAUUCAGCACGCCGAUGUCAUUUAUGUCCUGGGCGAGGGCCGGGUCCUCGAGGUCGGGAGUCAUGCCGAGCUGCUGAAGAAGAGGGGCAUGUAUUUUAAUAUGUGUCAAAGCCAGGCUCUGGAUCAAUAAAACCCAUACACUGAAGUAUCCAGGGAUGUAAUGAUUAUAAGGCAUUAAUCAUACCAACCACUCUUCUUGACUUGGA